AUGAUUAUUUGUUAUUAUGUUGCAGAGGUCUUGGAGUAUUGCGAGUUGGUUGGCAUCGAAGCAGUGAAGGAGCCACACUUAGUGCCCUUGGCAAGAGCUGCUCUACUGCACCCCUUGCCUCCACCGUGGACACCUGUAGAGGACAACCGCCUGGGACUGUACUACUUUAACCAGGUGACUGGGGAGAGUAGGUGGAGCCACCCUGUUGAUGCUGUGGUCCGGGCCCUUGUUAUCAGAGACAGGACCAGCACUGCUUCCCAAGAUUCUUGUACGGAAGAUUUCAACACUGAAGAAGACCCUGUUAUAUCUGACUUGCUUAGAGUUCAAGUGAGUGAUCUGACACGUUCUGACUGUGAGGACGUGAAUAAUCUCUCUGAUUACAUAGCAACAGCCUUAACUCUAGCAGAGAAGUGUAUAAAAAAAAAUGAAAGGUCUAAGGAGAAUUGUUUAGAUAUCUUUUUGAAUUCAGGUCUCAGUGAUUCAGAAUUUGAGGAUCCAGCAAAGAAUUCCUGCAGUAUUACUUGCAAUGAUAAUGAAGUUAAUUGUGAUAAAAAUACUUAUGGUGGAAACAAGGAAAAACCUAAUAGUGUUGCUAAGCAUUCAGGCAUUGAUGUAAGCUGCAAUGCUGCAAGUAGUAAGACGAAUAUUAAUAGUGAUAAAAAUGAUAAUGUUUUUGAUAUUAGUGAUAAAAUAAAGGUUGAUAAAAAUAGUGUGAUAAGUGACACAGCCACACAAGAAAAGGAGGCAGGUCCUCAGGAAAUGAACAAGACUCAGCAAGGUGGAGGGCCUGGUUUCAGAGCUUCUCCCAUCUUCAGUUGUACAGUUGAUGUUGAAGGUACUCAGGAUUUGAUCAUGUUUGGUGGUGGUCUUGGAAGGGGUCUUGGGCAGUCCCCUUUAGCACCCCAGCCAUUAGGGUCUAUUUCGUCACUGGCUAGACCUGCUGCCCUGGGCAGAACUUCUCUAGGUGAGCUACCCCUUGGAGGACCUAAAGUACCUCCAGUAGGUGGUCACCUAACACCUUUAGCACCUAUUGCUGCAGCCAACAAAGGUGGCCCUACCCAGCUGGCGCCUUUAAAACCCCUUGGUACUACCAGUCGCUCGCUCCCAGGUAACAAAGAUGGAAGAAGAAGCAAUCCUUAGAGCUCGUGGUGUUAUUGACGAUGACAAUGCAGGCAAUGGUUUCAUGAUAAGUGAUGCUUCAGACUUGUUGCCAGUGAACUCAAAACUGCCUCCACAGAAGCUUAGCUCUCUACCUCAUGGUCCUGACCCAUGGGCUAAUGAAAAUUUGGUCAAGUCUACACCAAAAGUUAUCAGUGACAGCCAUGACCCUCUCAAGGAUUUCAGGAAGCAGAAAGAAGAGAUUAAAACAAAUGCAACAGAAAAAUCUAACCAAGGUAAUAAUCAGAAGACUAUAGAAAAACAACCAAAGCAAAAUAUUAAAGGACCACCAACCAGUCAAGUGCCAUUAGAGGAUUUCCAAAGUACAGCCAAAUUAACUGUAACUCAGCCAUCAGUGAGUAAUGCACCAAAUAAACAGGAAUCUCAGACAGGAAAGCCUAAAUUGCUAAAUCCUCAAGUCAACUCAGCUCAGUCCACUACAGUUUCAAGUGGGACAAUUGCAGAUAAAACAGUUAAUGUACAGAAAGCUCCACCCAUUAAAAAAAUUAAUGAAAAUGUGAAGAAAAAUGAAAUCAAACCACAGGAAGAUCGGAAAUUAGAGCUGGAAGGAGCUCCCAGAAAUAGGAAGUCUAACCCUCUGGAUAGGGUUGUGGCUAAGCUGAGUGGAAGAAUAGAAAUUAAAGAUGAUGGUCAGAAUACUAUCACUACUACAUCAACAGCUCCAGGGACAAUAAAGAAUCUUACAGUUAACUUGACUGAGCUGAUGAAUAAUGAAGAGGAGAGUGAGGAAGAGGAGAGUCCAAAUGGUGAAAUCUCUGGUUCUGUGGUUAAAGUCAACCAUGAUGACAGUCACCAAAAAACCCUGGCUGCAGCCAAACAACAAGAAGCAGAUAAGAAAAAACUGCAGGACAAGCUUGAUGCAGAUUUGAAAGCUCUCCAGCUGAAACUAAAUCAAGAGUAUCAGGCCCAAGAGGAAAAAAUAAAGAAUGAGCACAAAGCUGUUGUACAAAAAUUUCAAGAGCAAGAGAAGAAAAAACUGGAACAAAAUAAAAAAGAAAUUCAGUCUAAACUUGAGGAAGAACAUAAAAAAGCUGUAGAAGAUGCAAAAACUCGGAUAGAAAAGGAAAAUAAUGAGAAAAAGAACAAAGUAAUCAAAGAGAUGGAAAGAAAGAACAAUGAAGUACUAGAAAAAAUAAAGUUAGAGUUUGUGCAAGAUAUGCAGCAGAAGAAGGAGAAGAUGCAGAGUGAACAUGAGGAGGAAAUGCUUGAAUUGGAGCAAGAGUUACAAGCACUUUAUACUGAGCAGAAGAAUGCUAAACAGGAAGAAUUGGAGGCUGCUAGAGCCUCAGCUGUUACCAGGAGCAGUAAUAUAUCAGUAGCAGCAGAAGCAGCGAUUUCUGACCUAGAGCGAAGUUUAAAUGAAGUAUUGCGAGAACGACAAGCAGAUAUUAAGAAGGAACAUAACAACCAAAUGGCUAUUUUGAGAGAUGAAUUAGAUAAGGAACUUGAGAAGAUAGCAAGGGAGGCUAAGGAAAAGGAAACAUUGGAAAAGAAGAGCCAUGCUGCUAGACUUGCUAAAAUGAAAGAAAAUCAUGAAGAAGAGCUGAGGCAGCUGGAGGAAUCUCAUGAAGAGAAUGUGAAGGAACUGGAGGCACAGCAUGAUGAAGACUUAUCCAAACUGAAAUCUGACUUUAAGGCUGAAUUAACAAUGAAGAAAACAGAACUUGAAAACAAACUAACUGAGUUUAAAAUUGAAUAUGAACAGCGAAUGAACAGUUUAGGACAAGAGGAUGAAAUAAAUGAAGGUGUAGAUGAUAAUGAAAGACAUAGAGAGAGUGCAGAAUCGGAUAGAAGAGCUAGUUUACAGGAAGAAAAAUUUAUCCUGAAUGUCAAUGUGAAUGGGGAAAAUAGGAGAUUAAAAAAAGAAGAGAAAAAAUAUGAUCAUAUACUGAGGGAGCUAAGAGAGAGACGGAGAAGUCUCGAGGAAGACCUUGAAGAACUCAAGACCCAGGAAAACAAGGUAAAGGAGCUAAGAAUUCGGAACUUGGCAUCAGAUGCUUCUUCCUGCUGCAGCAAAAGCAUGUGCAUUCAUGAAUCUAAAUACAAUAAAAUGAAGGAAAAAUAUUCCAACCUAGUAAGCCGCAUAAAGUCAGAAAAGGCGAAGAAGUGCACUAAAAAGUCACGAACUGCUCAUGAAGAUAGUAUUCAAAACACUCCAUCAAUGUCAAGUGAUAAAAGUAGUCUAGAAAGUAAUGUCAAUGUAUCAGAGAGUGGGCAACCAUCUCAUGAUCUAACCUCCAGCAUCAUGUCCAGUCCUAAGCAUGUCACAAAGCAGUACAGUUAUUUACUUAAGAGCACAAGUGAUAACAGUGAAGAUGAUGAAAUUAAACUUGCUAAUCAAGUUUUGGAAAAGUACAAUAAAAUUCCAGAAUACAAUCACUUAAAGCUCAAUAUGACAAAACCCAUUACAAGUACUCCUAAAGAAGCAUGGAUGGAAGAUGAACUACUUAUACAUGGCCGAAAAGUUUUGAAGAAAACAGAAAAGUACCUAAAAUCAAAUUCUAUGAAAAACUAUCGUGAUGUAGCAGAUUUGAGAGCAGAAGACGUAAGAAGAGAAAUUCUACAACAGAAUACAGAUUUUGAGGCAUUGUCAUUAAAGGUUCCAUCUCGUCGUCUGUCACUAGCUAACAGAGGAUCUGUAACAUCUGAUACAGAAUCUGAUGAGCCCAUACAUGAUGGUCCUUCUGUGUUGUCUGAUUUUGGAUUAGAUCAGAUGUUGGCAAAGAUAAGCUCUGUGAACAAGUCAUCUCGUGGUCUCCAGUCUCGACAUCGCCCUUCUCAAGAAAAUGUUCUCCCAAUAAGAACUACUGCAAGUCUAGAACAAGGCUUGAACAAUAUUGCAAAUCCACUGAACACAUUGUCUAAUGGAUAUAACACAGUGACACCCAGUGCACCACUUAGGCUUGAACACUUAAGUACUGGCUCAGUUCCUAAUCUUGGACCAGAGACUGUUGACAGGAUUGCAAGUAUUAAUCAGUAUUUGCAACAGAGAUGGACUAACUACUUUGGAGAACUUUCUGUGCCUCUUGGUGGUAAGGCUGGAUGGCCAGCUCAGAUUAUUGGGCAGUCUACCUUGUUAGUUAAUAAAAACUCUGCAGCUGAUUUUCUGACUAGUAACAACCAGUCUUCCAACACUCUUGGGAAAUCUGCACCGACUUUACAAAGUCAUAAGGAAGAUGUAAACAUCUCCCAAAAGAUUGAUAACCUUCGUGCUUGGUUAGACAGUGCUCAAACUACUACUGCUGUUCUCAUUAAUAAAUAAAUUGUUUAUUUCUGGCUUGCUCCAAAGAUAUUCUGUGUAGUAUUAUUAUUAUUAUAUUCAAUGGGAAGUACUCAGCCCGUAAGUGGUCAUACAGUGCCUGGGGAAUGGAGGUUUGAUCCAAGGAAAGGAAGAGUAGCUCCAAAUCCUUUGAUCAAGAUCCCUUGCUGUAUUAAAGUCUUCCAUUCUAUUGUUCUUGUUAAACAAACAUAGAAAUUAUUUAUACAAUGAAUACUGUGUGUUAAUGCAGUCUUUUCAUAACUUUUAAUUCUGUAAAAUUUAAUACAGUGUAUACUUGUCUGGUGUAAAGUACGGUUUGUGUUAUAUUUAUUAAACUGCUAUGAAAGGGCUGCUGCAUGCCGUGUGUGGGAUUUAGUGUUAAUAAUGUCUAGGUGUUAUUUGUCAUUUUAAUCUUUGUUUUAUUAGUACUCUAACUGAAGUUGACUUUCUUCAAGAAAGUGCCAUGUUUAGAGAUUCAUGCCUCAAAAGCUUUAGUUUGCUUUGAAGCAUUAUUAUUAUUUACAUACAAAAAUAUUACAGAUAUUUAAAUCAAUGAGUUUCAUAUGUUAGGACAAUCCUGGAAUCAGUUUAAUGAAAGGUAUUUCAUUGUUUUAGAAUAUAACAUGAGAGCAAAUAUGUACCAGUAUCAACAUUGAGUUAGCAGUUUAGAAUAUUAGUUUUUUCUUAUUUAUAUAGUUGUUUAUGAUAAAAAUAAUCUAAAAUAUAAUUUUAUACGUAUAUUUUUAUUUAUUAUGUAUAUCACAUACUAUAUGAUUUAUAUUGCACCAAUGAAAAACUUAAUCUUACAUGACUGCCAUGUAAAAGGCUAUAAAUUUUUUAGGGUCUAAUUAUUCAGGGGAAUUUUUUUUGUAGGUUGAAAUUCAAAUAUUUUGUGUGCUUACUGCAUAUUAGGUACCUACUUCUUUGGCACAUCAAAAAGCAGAAUCACACACUGUAAUUGUAACCAUAUAUUGAGUGUGCCUAUAUAAAAAUUACAUCCACACCAUAUGUAUUGAGACAGUAUCAAUCUACCAUACUGCAGGGUAAUAGCCAGUGCAGUUCUGUAUUUUAAUUCUUAGAUAUUAAGUGAGGGAAAAGUGAUUAGUUGACCCAUAAAUGUGAUCAACCAAUAUUCAUGUGCACUGUAUGGUAAGGAGUCUACAGAAUGUGUUUUCAUAUAAAUUUUCUAGAGAGAUAUCUGGAUUAUACCUGGAGAGGAUUUCAGGGGUCAAUGCCCCCAUGGUCCUGUCUGAGGCCAGGUAAUUUAUGUAAUGUAUUUAACAGUGGGAAUGUUUGCACUGGAGAUACAUUGCAGAAAUCUUUGAUUCAGUUAUAUCUCAUAUUUGGAAUUCUAUUUUACAACAUUCCUUUGACUAAACUUCACUUGCAAUAAUGUUUGAAAUUUUUCGUUUUCUGAAAAAUUUAAAUUUUAAUUAAAAUUAUUACUUUUUCAAAGUUCGAAUGGUGUCUGAUUUUUAUUACUAUUUAGAAUUUUCUAAAAGUUAGGCUCCCUGGUAUGCAUUAUUCUGAGUAAGACAGAUUUUUACUGACCAUAUUUUUUUCUGAAUUAACCCUUUCAGGGUCCAAGGCCAAAAUCUGAAGUGGCCCAGUGUCCAAGAAUUUAAAAAAAAAAAAUUUGUUAUUUUUUCUUAUGAAAUGGUAGAGAAUCUUUUUGUGAAGGUGAUAAAACAAAAAGUACAAAAUUUGAUGGAAAAUUGACGAAAUUAUGCUCUCGCGAAUUUUGAUGUGUCAGCGAUAUUUAUGAAUCGGCAAUUUUGCCGACUUUGGCUCGCAUUUCAGGCCAAUUACAUUAUUCCAGUUACCCAAAUUCUUAGCUAUUUCACUAGUAUUACUCCUAUUCUAUCGAUUGAGCACAAGAAAUCGCCAAGUCAACUGUUUCAACUACAAAAUGAAGUGAUCGGAAAUUGGUAAUUUGGCCAAUUUAACACAAAGUUCAAAAUAUUCCAAUUUCAAAAUAGGGUCCAGAAUAAACAAUGUAGGUAUUCCUGGAACUAAACUAACAUUUCCUCUGUUCAUUAGUUACGUUUUGAGGCUUUACAAAUAAAUUCCAUUUUGAUUUUUUAUUCACAUAAUGAAUUUUUAUUCACACCAAAAAAUAGAAGAUUUACUGUUAUGCAAUAUUGUAAUAAUUGUAUAAAUAUCAUCACCACAUUUGUGAAUGUAUAUUAGACCGACCAGCUGGUGUGUAUUAGACGUGUGAGGUCGUUUGUUUACUCUUGAACAUCGGCAAAAAUUAACAUUUCUGCUACUUUGAGCUCAGUUUCAAGCCAUUUCCAGUGCUAAAACCAAUCAAAAUCAUCUCUAUUUCUGUAAUAUGUCUUACAUUCUAUCAAAUGAGACCAAGAAAUCGCAAAUACAACUAUAAAAAACAUAUGAAAAAACACUGCAAAUUCGCUGUUUUAAUCGAAAAUCACGGUCUCAGUUUUUUUCUCUCAUUAUACACAGUGUGCUGCAGGAUUUGUUUUAUGUGGUGCACACAUACCACAUAGAUGUAUUCUCUCAUAUCUAGGCCCAAAUUUACCACUCACAGUUUAUCAGAGUGAGCUGAGCUCAUGGCGUAGAUCUACGGUUUGGACCCUGAACAUAAAGCCAUAGAUCUAUGGGACAGACCCUGAAAGGGUUAAUGUUUAAUUUUAAUUUGUAUUUUAAGGAAUAUCAUUGUUAUGAAUUAUUCUCAAAAAGUUUUCUGUGUUCAAAUUAUAACUUCCUCAAAAACACAGCUUGUUAAAUGUUUGUGUUCUUCCAUACCAGCUACACUUAAUCGUAUUGUAACUAUAUUUUCCAAUUAACCAAUUUAUUUCAUGUGCGAUGUUGAUCAAAAGUACUCUAGUCAUAUAUGCACUUUAAGAAAAAGAUUAAAUAUUUAUACAUUUCUUUAUUUUAAGCAAUCUCUUGACAGAUUAUAUUAUUUUAAUAUAAUAUCUAAUGAAAUAUAAGGUCUCCCAAGCAUUAUUAUUAUAUGCUUGACAGGAUGACAUUAUUUUCCUUAUCUUUAUAAGGCCUCAGAUUAAGGCUGAUCCUUUUGGUCUUAUUUUAAUGCUCAUUUCAUAUCUUUUGCUGUAUGUGAUGAGUAAUGUAACUGAUAAGAGCAAGUACAUGUAGCCAGUAUGAUGACAUAGUGUUCAUUUCUUGUAUCUACAAUACUUCAGUGUUGUAAAAAUGCACUGAAGUAUAAUGACUUUGAUUAAAAUAAGUUAACUAGUUUUUUGUAAAAGUAAUACUCUUAAGAUUUACAGCCUUUAUUUUAGGAAAAUAAUUAACCUGAAUAUGUAGGAUUUUUAUUAGCAUUUCAGUCCUGGAGUGGGCAUUAGGAAGUGAUAUUAACAUUCAGUUAAGCUUCAUGCAAGCAAAAAUUUAUCAAAUUAUAAAAAAAUAUUUGUUAUGCAGAACAGGAAGUGAAGGUACAUGUGUUGGUGUUUACCCCACGAGGUUCCAACACAAAGUCAGUGUACACUUUCAGUCCAUGUUCUCUUCCCACAGCAGAUCUAAGAGGCCCAGUCUGCCAACUGAAUGUUAAACUGAACAUUUGGUAGGAGGGGAGGUUAUUGCAGUUCGGAGGAUAAUUUGAAUUGUGCUGUCAACGUAAUUCUGGCAAGAUAGCAAUUGAAUGAAUGAUGGCGCAUGUACUUCCUUGUCUUUAGGUCACCCUGCCUUAGUGGGAGAUUGCUGGUGGGGUAAAAAAGAAAAGAAAAACUAUUUAUCUUUUUUUUAUGUAAAUACAAAUAGUGUAUCUUUAUAUCAUUGGUAAUGAUGACUGAACUGAAGAUUUAUUUAACACAAGUACCUUGAGCCUUAAGCCCCUAGCUUAUAAAUUGCAAGUAGUAUUUUAACCAGUGAAUUUCAUUUAUUCUUUGGAAAAUUCAGAAAACAAUAAUAAAAGGUAUUUAUUUUUUUUUUUUAUAUUGUGAAAUAAGAUGUACUGCCUCUUUUGAUGAGUAAACUAAUUUGAUUAUAAGAUUUCUUAAAUAUUUACUUUGCACUAAAAAUCUGAUGCAUGUUUAUUGGAAUAUUUUUCCCUGUUAAUUCAUAUCAUAACAAAAUUAUAUUAUAGUAUUGUUGAGGUUUAAUGAAUGUGUUUCUUGGCACCUUAGAACAGCUAUAGCAUAACUUAACUAUAUAAUGUAAUGCUGUAAUAUGUAUAUUAUAUAAAUGUAUGAUUCUUGUUGUACAUAUUUUUGUAAGAGUACAAAUAAAAGAAUUUUUUACAA